CUCGCUCUGCGUUGGCGCGUGCAUGAGUUCUUCCCUUUCUCUCUCUUACACAUCGCAAUCUUCCUUUAUUUCCGUCAACUCCAUAGCUUCUUCGGUGCUCUCUCACCCCUUUCUUCAAUACUCACUUAAGGUUUUAUCUUCUAAGCUUUAGGUUCUUCACAUAACCCCCUCAAAAACCUAAAACCUCUUCAGUGGAAUUAGAAUCAGAUAUUUCUGUUAGGGUUUUCAACUUCCAAUCCGCAUCCAUGGGAGACUGGCAACCCCUUCUCCAAUCCAUUUUCAUCGGUCUCAUUUUUUCUUACCUUCUUGCCAAGCUCAUCUCCGUUGUUGUCUCCUUCAACAACGACAACCUAACCGUCACGCGCGCCUCCGCCGAAGAAGAUGACAGCAAUCCUAUACGGACCGCCACGGGACCCGACCGAGGCGGCGGCGUCUCCGAAGCAAGUAACAAUCGCUUUGAGCAGGAGUCUGUCAUGGCGGAGCAGGGAAGUGUGAGGGCCGAGAGUUUGGACGGCGACGACGACUACGACGAUGACGAUUGGGAAGGUGUGGAGACCACCGAACUCGACGAGGCGUUCAGCGCCGCCACAGCGUUCGUGGCUGCCGCCGCCGCCGAUCGGUUGUCGCAGAAGGUGUCGAGCGACGUGCAGCUACAGCUCUAUGGGCUGUACAAGAUCGCCACUGAAGGUCCCUGUAGCACGCCGCAGCCUUCGGCGUUGAAGAUGACAGCACGUGCCAAAUGGCAAGCGUGGCAGAAAUUGGGAGCUAUGCCUCCUGAGGAUGCAAUGCAGAAGUACAUUGAUAUUGUGACAGAGCUAUAUCCUUCUUGGCUUGAUGGUUCAUCUUUGCGGAGCAAGAGUUACGGUGGUGGUGGCUCUAGUUCAGAGGCUAAGGGACCGAUGGGGCCAGUAUUUAGCACUUAUGUAUAUGAAGAGGAAUAUGGCAGUGACUUGACAAUGGAUGCCAUUCAUGGAUUUGCUAGAGAAGGAGAUAUGGCUAAUCUGCUCAAGUGUAUAGAAAGUGGUAUUUCAGUGAAUUUGAAGGGGACCAAGUUCCUUAAGGACACCAUGUUAUCAGCAUGAAUAGAGAAGUACCAUCACGGAUUUAGUGCAACAUCAAUCUGAAUUUUUGUGGCACUUGCUUGACAAGCCUAACAUGGGCAUAUGUAUGGCCUAAAAAUUGUUUGACAACUAAGGUAGGUGCUAUGUUUUUGUAAAGAAGCCUAAGUAUCUGGCUUUAAGACCCCGUUGAAGAUAGAUAGUUGACUGGUAACUUAUGUGUCACACAUGAAUAAAUCUUGUUGGACUACAUCUAAGUCAUUAAAAUUGUCUGAAAUAAAAAAUUCUGCCCUGCUACAUAACUGAAUAAUGAAUAAUCAUUUCUGUUUUUCAACCUAUAUUCUUAGCAAUGAGUAUAGUGAGGGAAGUAGCUUUAAUCACACUGCUAUUGUUCCUACCUUCUACAUACAUUUUCUUGACGAUCAAUAAUGUAGCAUUAAUAAGUCACCGUUUAUUUUAUGAAAAUGCACUAUUGCAUGGCAAGGCAAGUAGCUACAUUCACACUACUAAUGAGCAUUGUAGAAUCUAUUUCUUGAAUUGUUGAUCUCGUUAGAAGCUUUUUAUACUUCAAGUCCAUAUAC